UUGUUCUAUACUCGAUUAUAAUUCAUAGGACACUUCAGUAAGAAAGUAGCAGUUUUUUCCCUUUCUCACAAACAAAGGGGAAAGACAAUAAAUGGGUUUUGAUUCACAAUCUCCCGUUGGCGUCGGACUCUCGAGUUAAAGAGAGCAGAAAAUUCUUUGGCGUCGUUCUUCAUUCUCUGCUGGAAAAAUCCAUAAACUAUGCCAUCUUCCAGUGUUUCAGCUUUGGAUUGCGUAGACGAGGGCAAGUCGAACGCCGGUAAAACGCAGGAGAAGUCCAGCUUCUUCGAUAUAUAUGGAACCGAUGCCAAAGCUGAGGUUCUUUUCAAAACUCCAGAAUCUAAUUCAACUUUAAGUCUGCAAGAUGUUCAAGGACUUGUAACUUGGGUGCUUGCUGAAGGCUUCAUGCCGCAGUGGGUUUUUAUCAAGAAUAAACCCCUAAUCCCAAAAGUGGUUAUGGUUUAUCUCCCUGGCCUGGAUGCUGCUCUGUACAUGUCACAGUCCAAGAUACUUCCUACAUUUAAAAGAUUCUGCGGCAGUCCAAGGGCAGUUCUAGCUCUUAGCUGUAUAUCAGAUAGAAUGCAAACAAUUGAUGCACUUUUGACGUGUAAGGUAAAGAGAAAGAGGGAUGAAAACAGUGUAGACAUAAAGAAUAAAUUGACUUCGGAACCAGAAAUAUCUGGCCUUGAAAAAGAAGCACCAAUAUCUAUCAAGCUCCCAAAGGAGUUACCUUUCCCUAUAACAUAUUAUACGCUAACUGCCAAAGCACUGGAAGACAAUGGUUAUCCUUUCAAUCAACCAGGUUUUAUCCAAACACUUCCUGCUCCCGUGGGAUCUUCACCCAAUGAAAUGUUGGCACUCGACUGUGAAAUGUGUGUGACCUGUGAAGGGUUUGAGCUCACAAGAAUAACCCUGGUGGAUAUAGAAGGACGGGUUGUCCUUGACAAAUUGGUAAAACCGUCAAAUGCAAUUGUUGAUUACAAUACAAGGUUUAGUGGAAUUACGUGUGAGAUGUUAAGUGAGGUGACCACUAGUCUGAAAGAUGUUCAGAGAGAUUUUUUAAAUCUGGUUCACAAGGAGACUGUUUUAGUUGGCCAUUCGCUGGAAAAUGACCUGAUGGCAUUGAAGAUCUCUCAUGAUCUGGUGGUUGAUACUGCAGUACUAUAUAAGCAUCCUCGUGGUGGCUCUCAUAAAUCUGCCCUUCGGAUUCUGGCUAAAAGAUUCCUUUCCAAGGAGAUUCAACAAUCGGGAAAUGGCCAUGAUAGUAUUGAAGAUGCAAGAGCUACUAUGGAACUUGCACUUCUUAAAAUUAAACAUGGACCAGACUUCGGUUCACCUCCGUCAUUAAUCCGAAAGAAACUACUUAAUAUACUUGGUGAGAGUGGAAAGACAUCUUCUUUCAUUGAUAAUAUUUCAACCGUGAAAAGAUAUUCCUCUGAAUCAACACAUGCAUUUCCUGUAACUUCUGAUGAUGAAGCUCUCUCAAGGGCAAAAAAGGAGGCGAUGAAUGAAAGAGUUCACUUCAUCUGGACACAGUUUUCAGAAUUGAAUUCUUACCAUAAGAAGCAAGCAGAUGAUGAAGAAAGAUUAAAUGUCAAGCUUGCAGAGUUGCUGUCGUUACUUACAUGUGAUACAAAAACUGUCAACAAGAAAAGGAACAGCCCCAAGAUAUCGGCUGAACUGCGGGAAAUUUUGGCUCGCAUGGAUUCUAGAAUCAAUGACCUCUAUACCUCGUUACCUACUAAUGCUAUGCUUAUCAUUUGCACUGGUCACGGUGACAUAGCACUUGUACAGAGAUUGAGAAAAAUGCUACAAGAGCAGAGUGAAACAAGCAUAUGCCGUGAAAAGAUUGUUAAGAUCUUGGAAGAGCUCCAUGCCCAAGCUGAAGUAGCUUUGUGUUUUGUAUGUAUAAAACAUUGAUUAGUGAAAUCCUUGGAAAUCCUACAUCUCUUAUCAAUUUUGAUCAUUCGUCUAAUUGUUGUUUCGAUGUAAUAUAUCAUUUUUUUUUCUUUAAGAAUUCAACAUGUAGGAGUGAAAGUUUGACCUUUUAGUUGAUUAUGUCUCUUUUAGUCGAUUA